AUGAUGACUGUGUUGAAAAGCAUGUUUUAUGGAGAAGAGUCUUUUCUGCUGUGCCUCCUGUACUUCAGAAUAUCAUGCCUGCUGAGUGUUUUUCAGGUUCAUUCUUUUCUGAGAAGUGUCAGAUUCAACAACAGUGUUGGUGAAAAGAUUUCCUUUGAUAAAAAUGGAGAAUUCAUUGGUGGAUUUGAUAUUAUCAACUGGAUCACAUUCCCAAACCAAUCCUUUCUUAGGGCCAAUGUUGGAGUGAUAGAUCCCACAGCAGAGAAGUUCUUCAAUAUUUCUGUAAAUUUCAUCACAUGGCCAGUAGGCUUUAACCAGGCAUUACCUUUAUCUUUGUGUAACGAUCCUUGUGAGACAGGACACAGCAAGGCCAAGAAAGAAGGGGAGUCAUUUUGCUGCUAUGAUUGCCAUCUGUGUCCAGAAGGGAAAAUAUCAAAGGAGAAGGACAUAGAUGAUUGCUCUCCAUGUCCAGAAGAUCAAUAUCCAAAUCCCGGCAAAAAUAUGUGCAUUCCAAAGCGGAUCACCUUUUUGUCCUAUGAAGAACCCUUGGGGAUCAGUCUGACUGUUCUUUCCCUUUGUUUUUCUUCAGUGACAACCUUGGUUAUUACAAUCUUCAUGAAACAUAAAGAUACCCCUAUCGUCAAAGCCAACAACCGGAAUCUCACUUAUACACUCCUAGUUUCUCUUCUCCUCUCUUUCCUUUGUGUCUUUUUAUUUGUUGGGAGGCCCAAUACAAUUGUUUGUCUUCUUCGACAACCAGCUUUUGGCCUCAUCUUUUCUGUGGCAGUUUCUUGUGUCUUAGCCAAAACCUUCGUUGUGGUUUUAGCAUUCAUGGCUACCAAACCUGGUUCCAGAUUGAGGAAAUGGGUUGGGGUAAAGAUGGUCAGUUUCAUUCUUCUAUCCUGCUCCCUUAUUCAAAUAUGUGUUUGUGCUGUGUGGCUGAUAACAUCCCCACCAUACCCAGAUUUUGAUAUGAAGUCAAUGUCUGAAGAAGUCAUCCUGGAGUGCAAUGAAGACUCAGUCAUGUUCUACUGUGUUUUGGGCUUUAUGGGUUUUCUUGCUCUGGUUAGCUUCUCUGCUGCUUUUCUAGCUAGGAAGUUACCUGACAGCUUCAAUGAAGCCAAAUUCAUCACCUUUAGCAUGUUGGUCUUCUGCAGUGUUUGGUUGUGUUUUAUUCCAACCUAUCUAAGCACAAGGGGAAAAUAUAUGCUGGCUGUGGAGAUCUUCUCCAUGAUCUCCUCCAGUGCUGGCUUAUUGGUGUCCAUCUUUUUCCCCAAGUGUUUUAUCAUUGUGAUGAGACCUGAACUGAACGAUAAACACCAGCUCAUGAAGAGAAAGUUUUAA